AUGGCCCCAAACAACUAUUCCCAAACUUCCGUUGGCAAUAAGGAGUACACCAAGGCUGCUAUUGUCGUUAUUGGAGCUGGUAUUUCAGAUUCCUUGAAGGGCUCUGCACCGCCAUCAACCUCAUCAAGAAUAAUAUCCAUAAUUUCGUCAUCCUUGAGAAAAGUGCUGGGCUCGGCGGAACAUGGCGAGAUAAUAAAUACCCGGGCUGUUGCUGCGAUGAACUACCUUCGAAUGGUAGCAGCGAAGUAUAAUCUCUAUCAGUAUAUUCGAUUUAGCUCCGAGGUGCAGGAAUCAAGGUGGGACGAUGUCAAGAACGAAUGGUGCACUAAGGUCAAAGUCAUUGGUAGCAAGGAUGUCGAGUUUGGAGAGGAAUAUUGUAUCACUUCAGAUUUCCUGGUGUCUGGCGUUGGCCAGUUGAACUAUCCCAAGUAUCCAUCAAUUCCCGGAAUUGACAGUUUCAAAGGAAAGAUGAUGCAUUCUGCUCGAUGGGAUUGGACCUACGAUUAUAAGGGCAAGAGGAUUGGGAUAAUUGGAAACGGUGCUACCGCUGCCCAAAUUAUUCCUGAAGUCGCAGGCGAUGCUUCUCACCUUACUAUUUUCCAGCGAACAGCCAACUGGGUCGUGCCUCGUAUGGAUCUGGCAGUCUGGAAACCAUUUCGGACCAUCUUUCGAUACUGUCCUCCCGUCCAAUGGAGGCUACGAGCGUCAAUAAUGGAUUUUCGUGAAGCUGUCCACGCUGUUAUGCGGGAUCCCAAGUCGAGUACCGCCGAUUUCAUGCGAAAGGCUAGCUUGCAUAUGAUGCAUAAGGCACUUCCUGACAAUCCCAAUUUGUGGGAAAAAUUAACGCCAGACUAUCCUCCGGGGUGCAAACGUUUGAUCCUUAGCGAUGACUACUUCCCAACCCUGGCGCGGGACAAUGUCUCCCUCGAAACCGGCCACAUUGACCGCAUCUCAGAGAACGGUAUUAUCGUCGAUGGCGUCGAACAAGAAUUAGACCUAAUCAUCCUCGCAACGGGCUUUCGCACCGUCGAAUUUAUGCAUCCAAUCAAAAUAUAUGGGCGAAACGGCAAACCUCUCUCUGAAAUAUGGAAUGGCGGGGCUCGCGCACUCUACGGUGUGGCCGUCGAAGAUCUCCCCAAUUUCGGCAUGCUCUAUGGGCCCAAUACAAACUUGGGCCACAAUUCCAUCAUUCUCAUGAUCGAAGCUCAGUCGCGAUACAUGCUCGCCAUGAUUAAGGAAGUCUUGCGCGCCCGUGACCGUGGCCAGACGCUCGCCAUUGCUCCCAAACCCGGAAAAGUUGAAGAGUUCAAUUCGAACCUCCAGGAAACGCUCUCCAGCACCGCGUUCGCAUCGCCGAACUGCCAAAGCUGGUACAAGACUGCUGAAGGGUUGAUCACAAACAACUGGUCUGGCACAGUGGUGGACUAUCAGAAGCUCCUUUCCAAAUUGGACUGGAAUGAUUUUGAUUUGGAAGGAAGUGGCGCAGAGAGGAUUCGUUCCACAAGGGUUGCAAAUUUGGGUCGUGUGCGGGAAGAAUCCUUGCUAGGAUUGAAGGGGCUAACUGUGGUCAGCGCGCUUGCGCUUGCGGGCACACUGGCCUACAAAGCACACCAUUUCCUUCCAAGAUGGCGAUGA